AUGAAUCGUGAAAUUGGAGUUUUCCAGAAGGGAGAAUUUUUGUGUCCUGUGUGUCGUCGACUAGCAAAUUCUAUCUUGCCUGCAGUGAAUGGGAAUUUCCAGAAGGUUGGAAGGCUGCCUACGACUUCAACUGUUGAUCAAGUGCAUGCUAUAGGUUCUCCACCAAACAAAGCUAUAUGUUCCCUCCUGCUUCAGAGAGGGUUAUCUCUUCUAACAACUGCUGCCAAGGUGGUCAGGAGGUCUGAUUUCUUCGAAGCUUUUUCUCGUCAAAGAAAAGAAAGAACAAUUCGCAAUCUGGAACCUAUAUCUCGUGCACUGUCUAAAAUGUAUUUUUCAAAAAAGCAGGAUAGGUUCUUAGGACCUCCAAGGUUAAGCUACCCAGUAAUUUUAUGGGAUACACUUAAGUAUUCUCUUAUGUCAACCGAAAUUGCAGCUCGUAGUGAAAAGAAUUCUAUGGCUGCAAAUUAUAACCUUGCUUCGUUGUAUAAGGAAUUUAAUUCUUCGAGUGAAUUUAUAUUUUCCUUAUUGCUAAGAGUUGUCCAGAACCAGAGCAGUACAAACUCUCUUCAAAGAUUCAGAGGUCUUCAACUGUUUGCAGAGUCUAUUUGUUCUGGUGUUUCCUUUGACUACCACAACACCAAGCAUAAACAGGAAGACAAUCUCCUUCUCAUCUUGGAGCAUGAUGAUAAGGAAGCAUUAUAUCCUGAUAUUCAACUUUGGAAUCGGUCGUCUGAUCCUAUUCUUGCCCGUGACCCUUUCUCAUCAUUGAUGUGGGUUCUCUUCUGUCUUCCAUGCCCAUUUAUCUCGUGUGAGGAGUCCUUGUUAUCUCUUUUGCAUCUCUUCUAUGUUGUCUGUGUGGUUCAGGCUGCAAUCUUAUUUUUUGGGCAAGAUGAAUGUAACAUCAAUGAUUUAGGUUCCCAUCAUUCCCUAAUUACUGUUGUCUGCGGCAUUCUUCGUGGAUCUGAUUGGGCACGCUGGUAUUUUGUAUCAAAUGAUAUUUACCGUUUUGUCAUAUUAAAGAAAUGAUUCAAAGAUUGAGUUUCCCUUAUUUGCGGAGGUGUGCAUUGUUGUGGAAAUUGCUUAAGUCUUCUGCCGCAGCACCAUGCUGCGAUAGGGGUACUGUCUGGGAGUCAUCUCAUGUGAUGACUGAUAUGAUGGAUACAACUGAAAUUACUUCAGUGGAGCUGAAUG